AUUGAAAAUGUUGAUGUCUGCCUUAGUUUUCUAGCAGCCAGAGGAGUAAAUGUUCAAGGUCUAUCCGCUGAAGAAAUAAGAAAUGGAAACUUAAAAGCCAUUCUAGGGCUGUUUUUCAGUUUGUCUCGCUACAAGCAGCAACAACACCAUCAGCAACAGUAUUACCAGUCUCUGGUGGAGCUUCAGCAGCGAGUCAGCCACGCCUCCCCUCAGGCAGAAGCCAGUCAGGCCAAAACCCAACAAGAUAUGCAGUCCAGUCUGGCAGCCAGAUAUGCAACUCAGUCUAAUCACAGUGGAAUUGCAACCAGUCAAAAAAAGCCUACUAGGCUUCCAGGUCCCUCUAGGGUACCAGCUGCCGGCAGCUGCAGCAAGGUCCAGGGAGCCUCUAAUUUAAAUAGGAGAAGUCAGAGCUUUAAUAGCAUUGACAAAAACAAGCCUCCAAAUUAUGCAAAUGGCAAUGAAAAAGAUUCCUCCAAAGGACCUCAGCCAUCUUCAGGUGUAAAUGGUAACACGCAGCCCCCUGGCACCGCGGGGCAGCCCCCCGCCUCUGCCAUCCCUUCUCCGAGCGCCAGCAAGCCCUGGCGGAGCAAGUCCAUGAAUGUCAAGCACAGCGCCACCUCCACCAUGCUGACCGUGAAGCAGUCCAGCCCAGCCACCUCCCCCACGCCACCUGCAGACAGACUGAAGCCCCCUGUCUCAGAAGGGGUCAAAACAGCCUCCUCGGGACAGAAAUCCAUGCUUGAAAAAUUCAAGCUGGUCAAUGCACGGACUGCUUUACGCCCCCCACAGUCUCCCAGUUUGGGGCCCAGUGAUGGGGGGAAGGAUGACGAUGCCUUUUCUGAAUCUGGUGAGAUGGAAGGUUUUAAUAGUGGUCUGAAUAGCGGUGGCUCAACCAAUAGCAGCCCCAAAGUGUCCCCUAAAUUAGCCCCUCCAAAAGCUGGAAGCAAAAAUCUCAGCAAUAAAAAGUCUUUGCUACAGCCAAAGGAUAAAGAGGAAAAGAACAGGGACAAAAAUAAAGUUUGCACUGAAAAACCAGUCAAGGAUGAGAAGGAUCAGGUGACAGAGACGGCUCCGAAAAAGACCUCUAAAAUUGCAAGCUUGAUCCCCAAGGGUAGCAAGACGGCAGCAGCCAAGAAAGAAAGCCUAAUCCCCUCUUCCAGUGGCAUUCCAAAACCGGGCUCGAAGGUGCCCACAGCAAAGCAGACCGUUUCACCAGGCAGUGCAGUGAGCAAAGAGUCGGAAAAAUUCAGGACUACCAAGGGAAGCCCUUCCCAGUCCUUACCUAAGCCCAUGACCACUGAGAAAGCAAGCACAUCCAAUUGCCCCACUCCGUUGGAAGGAAGGGAAGCCAGCCAAGCCCCUCCCGCUGGCUCCUGUGCUGUGCUGGGGGCGCCCGGCGGGGGGCAGGCCACGGGGAAUGGUGCUGUCCAACUCCCCCAGCAGCAGCAACACAGCCACCCCAACACGGCCACGGUGGCUCCGUUCAUCUACAG